GCGCUUUCGAUACUACAACGUCAAUUUCGACAUGGCGGAUUCAAAUUCAAAUUCGUACGAUAAUAUCAAUAAUUAUUCUCCGAAAAUAGAAGUUGAUUCGGAGAGUGAGAGAGAGUAUUUGAGGCGUGAUCAGAAUACGAAAUGUAAACUUUAUUGGACAACAGAGAACACGAUAAAACUGAUUGAGACUAUGGAGAAAGAGUGUCGAGAGUUGUGGGAUCCCAAGAAUCCGUUGAACCGAGACCGGAACACUAGACAAGCGAAGUUUGAGUACUUGGCGGAGGUGAUAGGGACGACGUCGGAGGAGAUAAGCAGAAAAGUACACAAUUUGCGUACGCAGUUUAACAAUGAGUUGCGGAAAAUAAAGCGAGGUCAGGUGGUGCGUAGCGGGUGGGAGUAUUUCGAUGCUCUCUCGUUUCUGAUGCGGACACCGUCUGCGGAGGCGUUGGAGACGGUUGACGCAGUUAAUUUGGAGCUAGCAGAAUUCCAAGCUGAUGAAGAGGAGGAAUUUGGUGCAGCCGCUCGUGCUCACGUUGCAUUACUGAACGCAUCAAACAACAGCGCUAAUGGAAGCCCCAGUAGGAGGCUCCACAGGCCUCUAAGAGUAGCAGCUUCAGCGCCACUCCCACUACCUCCUAGCGCGAACCCUCUUAUGUGGCCUGAGGAACCUACUCCUAGGAUAAGACCUGGAAUUAAUGCUGAUGAAUGUCAGAUAUUCGGUGAUUUCGUUGCUUCGGAGCUCCGGACUCUUCGCUCCCACGAAUCUCGUAAACGCUUGAAGAGGAUGAUUCAGAAGGCCAUCCUCCAAAUCGGAGAGGAAGAGGAUGUCAAUAUGAUCAGUGGAUGACAACGACGCCUGUCACUCGAUUCCACAGACUAAACACUACUAGUGUUGUAGUCAAGAAUCUUGUGAUACCAGAGUUAUUGACGUUUGGUUUUUCAAUCUUUGUAGUACCGCACUAGUGCACAGUGAUUUUAUUUUAAGUUUGUAGACAAAAGUUUCGUUGCAUUUUUUAUUAUUUAAUAGGUGAUGACACAGUGGUGAUAUACCCCUUAGUUUUAUUUUUUGAUAUCUGUACGAGGUAAUAUUGUUAAAAUAUAGUUAAUUUAUUAUAGUAAACCAGUCAGUAGAUGUUGUCAUUUUAUGUUUUUGUAGUCGUUGUAACACAUACAUUAAUUAUUCAGCUUUCAUGUCUAAGUAGGUAUCUAUAUUCAAUACGUGUUAUACAUUAAGGAUUCUGGUUUAAAAUAAUUUAUUAGGAUUUAUUGUGUAAUUUCAAAAUGUCUAGAAUUUUAUUAAUUUGAGGUGAUAUAUUUGUUCUGAUGUAUAUACUUAUAGAAAUAUUAUAACUCGUGAUAAUAAGGUAAAUUCAUUAUAAUAUUAAUUACCCAUACUUUCUCAUAAUUUAACUAUUAUCGUCUUAAGACAUUCAAAAAAUGAUUUAAACAUAAAUGUAUUAAAGGUCAAUAUAGAAUAAACAUGUAAAAAUGUCUUGUAUUUCUAUCUCUUUUAUACUGUAUAAAAAAGAAGGAGAUAGCGUCAAUCAACCAGUUAUUCAAUGGAUCUGAUC